AUGAAUGUCCUCAAGCUCCAGAGGAAAUUCCCUCAACUACAACAGAGCGACAUCUUCGGCUUGUCCGAUGCCUUCCGCAAGCUCGACGUAGACGAUAAGGGGUACAUUGACGAGACCACCGCCAUCAAGGCCACCCAGGCCAGCGAGCGCCAGCCCUACGAUGCCGUCCGCGCAGCCCUCAAAGAAGUCGGUCUCGAUGCCUCGCGCCGUGUAGAACUCGAAGAUUACGUUGGGCUCGUCGCCAAGCUCCGCGAAGGUCCCGGCAGCGCCGCUGCUGCUCCGUCGACCCCGGCUUCUGUCAUCGCCCAGCGCACAGGAGGCGCUACUCCCAGCCACUCCUCGAAGCCCUCCAUCGGUGGUAGCGGCAAGAUCUUCGUCCAAGGCUCGAACGCUAACAUCACCCACACCAUCAACGAAGAUGAACGUACCGAAUUCACGCGCCACAUCAACGCCGUCCUUGCGGGCGACCGCGACAUCGGCGCUCGUCUGCCCUUCCCGACCGACACUUUCGAGAUGUUCGACGAGUGCAAGGAUGGUUUGGUCCUGGCCAAGCUCAUCAACGACAGCGUUCCCGACACCAUCGAUGAGCGUGUACUGAACAUGCCCGGCAAGAAGACCAAGAACCUCAACGCGUUCCAGAUGACAGAAAACAACAACAUUGUUAUUGAGUCGGCAAAGGGUAUUGGUUGCUCGGUCGUCAACAUUGGUAGCUCCGACAUCAUUGAGGUCAGGGAGCAUCUUAUUCUGGGUCUUAUCUGGCAGAUUAUCCGCAGGGGCUUGCUCAGCAAGAUCGACAUCAAGCUCCACCCCGAGCUCUACCGCCUUCUCGACGAGGACGAGACCCUCGAGCAGUUCCUCAGACUCCCUCCCGAGCAGAUUCUCCUCCGCUGGUUCAACUACCACCUCAAGGCCGCCGGCUGGCCUAGGAGGGUGGCCAACUUCUCGUCCGACGUCAAGGAUGCCGAGAACUACACUGUCCUUCUUGCCCAGAUCGGUGCCGAUUAUGGCUGCACGCGGGCGCCUCUGCAGACGCGCGACCUCCAUCAGCGGGCUGAGGAGGUUCUCCAGAACGCCGACAAGCUCGGUUGCCGCAAGUUCCUUUCUCCCUCUUCCCUCGUUGCCGGUAACCCCAAGCUCAACCUCGCUUUCGUUGCCAACCUCUUCAACACACACCCUUGUCUCGACCCCAUCACUGAGGAGGAGAAGCUUGAGGUCGAGGACUUUGACGCUGAAGGCGAGCGUGAGGCUCGUGUGUUCACCCUGUGGCUCAACAGCUUGGACGUUAACCCCGCCGUUCAGUCCUUCUUCGACGACCUCCGCGAUGGUACCGUUCUCCUACAAGCAUACGACAAGGUUAUCAAGGGAUCCGUCAACUGGCGCCAUGUCAACAAGGCUCCCGCGAACGGCGGUGAACUGAUGCGCUUCAAGGCCGUCGAAAACACCAACUACGCGAUCGAGCUCGGUAAGCAGAACGGCUUCUCCCUGGUCGGUAUCCAGGGUGCCGAUAUUACGGAUGGCCAGCGCACCUUGACCCUGGGUCUUGUCUGGCAGCUGAUGCGCAAGGACAUUACCCUUACCCUGCACGGUCUUGCUCAGCGCCUCGGCAAGCGUGAGAUCACGGAUUCGGAGAUGGUCAAAUGGGCCAACGAGAUGUCCCGCAAGGGUGGCCGCACCUCGAGCAUCCGCUCGUUCAAGGACCCUGCCAUUGGCUCGGGUAUUUUCCUGUUGGAUGUGCUUAACGGCAUGAAGAGCAGCUAUGUUGAUUACGACUUGGUUACUCCCGGCAAGACUGAUGAUGAUGCUUACCUCAAUGCCAAGCUCAGUAUCAGCAUUGCCAGAAAGAUGGGCGCUACCAUCUGGCUGGUGCCGGAGGAUAUCUGCCAAGUGCGCAGCCGCUUGGUCACGACCUUUAUCGGUUCGUUGAUGGCUACAUAUGAGAAGAUGCAGUAA